AUGAAUGGAGCCACGUGACCCAAACAUCACGUGACGCGUCCGUGAGCAGCGGCGGCGGAUCCCGGAAUCUCGGUCUCUCCCAGCGCCACCUCGGCCCCGGCGGCACCGUGAGGAGGAUCCUGACUGACAAGGCUCUCGUGUUAUGACGACCCCCAACAAAGGAAACAAAGCCUUAAAGGUGAAGCGGGAGCCGGGCGAGAAUGGGACCAGCUUGACAGAUGAGGAGCUGGUGACCAUGUCUGUGCGUGAGCUGAACCAGCAUCUACGGGGCCUGUCCAAAGAGGAGAUCAUCCAGUUGAAGCAGCGUCGGCGCACGCUGAAGAACCGAGGCUACGCGGCUAGCUGUCGUGUCAAGCGUGUCACCCAGAAGGAGGAACUGGAGAAGCAGAAGGCAGAGCUGCAGCAAGAGGUGGAGAAGUUGGCCUCUGAGAAUGCCAGCAUGAAAAUGGAACUUGAUGCCCUCCGCUCCAAGUAUGAGGCGCUCCAGAACUUCGCCAGAACCGUGGCCCGGAGCCCUGUGGUCCCAGCUCGGGGCCCUAUCACCUCCAGCAUGGGGCCCCUUGUCCCUGGCAAAGUCGCCACCACCAGUGUCAUCACAAUAGUGAAAUCCAAAACGGACGCCCGGUCUUAGUAAAGCAGCGCUGCCUGGGCUUGUCUGUGCAGGGCAGUUAGGUGCAAAGCUAACCUGGAAUCCCCAAAGCACAAACCCCUUUCCUGGUGGGUCAGGACUCCCUCCUCUCUGCUCGGGAAUGGCCUGCUGAUCACUCCAGUUUUGUGUUUUGUCUUGUUCAGAUUGAUAUGACCAGUGGUGACACUCCCCAUCCUGUGCAAACAGAGCCUCCCACCUAUGGGUCUACAGCCCUCUGGGGCAUCCUUGGGAUACAGACUGUGAAAGACCUUGGUGUUCUAGCCAAAGAAAUUCUGCACAGCAUGGAGGAAGGUGUGUGCUUGAGGCCCAUGACGCUCCUCAGUGGGUUGGGGAUGGGAGGGCAGAGGAGGCUCUGUGGCAGGGAGUUGGGAUCCCCUGGUUUCAGUCACUUCCGAAGGAUUUAUUCCAUUAUACUUCCAAGUGGCAUAUCUCGGUGCCUGUUAGCCAGGUGCCCAAAUCUGCUGCUUCUGUCUCACUUGGUAUCAGUGAUUGCUAGGGGGGGUAGUUUGUGUAACUGAGUUUGUGUUAACUUCUAGAGGCGCUGCCUGUGUCCCAAAGGCAGGUUUUCUUGUGACUUUCACUGCACCAGCCACACACAUGCAGUAAUGGAAGGGAGGAAACUGCAGUUCCCUGGUGUCUCUGCUCUAGAGGUGUGUGUGUGGGGGAGAUGAUGGGGACACUGUGGGGGCCAGCAAUAGGGGGAGGAGGAGGUACCAUAGUGACUGAAGGCCAGUUUUGUGCCUAACAUGUUGCACUGAACAAGACCAAAAUCACUAGUUUUUCCCAUCUAUUGAGGGUAUCAAGUGUCUCUAGUGUGAUGGUUUACACAACCAGUUUGUGGUUAAAUAGUCCUUUUAUUUAAAGAGAGAAACAUUCAUUUUAAGAGUUAUUAAAUUAUCUAAGUUUAAAAUCAGAGGAGAGAGCAUAUUUAUAGUCAGCUUUUUUUUACCGGAGCAGGCGGGAAUAUUUGACCAUAUAAACGGAGAAAUAUUCUCAAGACUCUGCUAGCUGAAAAGUAAAUAAAGAAAAAUAAUUUUAAAGUU